AAAACACAAUUUAAGGUCUGGAAACGUUGAACUUUACUGGAAGAUGCGAUCUGAUAAUCUAGUCGAUGAUCUUGUCGCGUAUUAAGGUUUGAAUAUGAACCUCUACAAUUGGCAUCAAAGAUAACAUGAUGGACCAAGCAUCAAAACGAAGCAAAGGAGACCGGCCUUUCUAUCAGCCACCUGAGAAUAUACCUACAAGUGCUGAAAUAAUCAACGAUGCAAGACAAUCAAUUGGCCGUCCUCUGCAAGUUGUGAAGACAAAACGACCUUUCACUCCACGUGAAGAUAGAAGGUCAUUGUUUGGUCCAACAAGUACCAGGAAUCCAGAAACUAGGCCUCCAAGUGCCUUUAGUCUUACAUCACGACAUUUUGAUGGAGCAGAUUCAAGACCUGCAUCUGGUACCAAACUCAGCCCCCUCCCUCAUAGGCCAAGUUGCACAUCUAUCAAUGAAGAACAAACUCCACGCGUACCCACAGAACCAGAUGUGGAGGUACUUCUUCCCCCCAAACCCCCAACCGACCCAAACAAAGCUACAAGAAAGGUCCCUCGGACGCGUGUCAUCCACAGCAAUAGUGUAGAUGCUUCCAGUCCAGACUCCCCAGGGAUCAACAAAAGUGGUUCACUCACUGACUUGUCCUCCAGACAAACAGAGGGAAGUACUACUGACACAUCACGGAGAACUCAUAGCGGUCCUAAGGAAAGGACACCCAUUCCUAAGGAGGAGCGAGGGGAGGGGGAUGGCAAGGAGAUGCCCCAUAGGGCUCCUAGUCAAGCCUCAGUCAGGAGUCCUCCUAGAAGUGCCAGCAGUAGAGAGGUAGAAAGUAGAGUCAGCAGUGGAGGUACGAAGCGGACAUCAAGUGCAGGCAGCACUGGACGUGCAGGCAGUGCUGGUAAGCGGGAUACAGAGGAGUCACAGGAGGAAACCCUGUUCUAUACCCAGAACAUUGCACCCCGUCUGGAGGAGCUGGCUCUCCUGGGUAAAAAGCGUGAAGGAGACAAGCUCUGUGAGUGUGCUGACAGCCUAUACAAGUUAUUACAGAAAGAAAACUUGUUAGGCAAGAAUUGUAAACAGCGUUCCACCAUACUCAAGUCUGUGUUCAAAUUGCUUGACCUGGAGGAGCCCAAAGUUUUACUACGGGUGGCAAGACUGAUCCUCGCUUUCCGUGUGAGUGGUAACAACCUUUUAAAUGUGUGUAAGCUAGUUUUUAAAGUCAGUAGGAAUGAAAAAAAUGACCCAGAAUUUCUGCGAGGAAAUAUAUUAGAAUUGUUGUCCAAAACUUUAAGUUGUACUGACCACACAACAUCAUGUGAAGCCUUGAUCUACUGUGUGGGUGCCAUCAAAUUCCUGACAGGGAACACCACCAUUGUCAAACAGUUGGUCAAAGAGAAUUGCAUAGAAGGCCUAGGUCAGCUGCUGGACGGAAUCAACAAAACAAAUAGAGAAAAUGGAAAAGUAAAUGAACAACUAGGCCAUAUUCUUGUGCAGUUAACUGCAGCCUUAAGAAAUUUAGCUGAUGCCAACUCAAGUCGUGAGAAGUUCCUCAACUGUCAUAUUGUGGAGGGUCUUUGUACUGUUGUGGACACAUAUGCUCUUGAUGGAGACCUUAUGCUCAACAUAUCACGUAUAUUUAGUAAGAUCACACUCCACACAGACUGUUGUACUGUCUUGGCAGACCAGCCAUCCUCAUACAAGUCUUUCAUCAAUUUGCUCAACAAACAUCUCCAGAAAUCAGAUAUGGUUGUACGUGUGUGUUUUGUACUUGGAAACAUAACUGCCAAAAAUGAUGAAGCUCGUGUGCGACUGUUCCAGGAGAACAAAGCCUUUGAUGUAUUACUGUCAGUGUUAAAACUUUACCUGGAAAUGGACCUCAAGGCACAGGGAAAGGAAGAGAAGCCUGAGGAAGGGGAGCGAGGCAAUAAGCUUAAUAAAAGGGAGGAUGUGAUGAUCAAGGUGGUCAGGGUCAUCGCCAAUCUGUCCAUCAAUGAAACUGUCGGCCCACUCAUAGCUUCUAAUGCUCUGUGUAUAGAUCUUCUACUUAGCAUUUUAGAAUACAAGGAAAUCCCGACCAGUGAAGAGCUUGUCCUGAAUACAGUGGCUACCAUUAACAAUCUGUCCUACUACAGUGUAAAGACUAGCAUGAUCAACCAACAUCAGAUGAGGGUUAUAGAGGCCCUGUUAAAGCUAGUACUGGCUGAUAAUAUGGAGGGUAUGAUUGAGGCUUCACGUGUGUUUGGUAACUUGACAAGGCAGAAGACAGUCCGUGACUUCCUGGUACAGCAUAAGGUGGAUCAGAUGAUGGUAACAAUGCUAGACUCUGGGAACCGUGAGGUGGUGUAUAUCUCCUGUGGUGUCCUUAUCAACUUCAUGGUAGAUGAGGAGAAGCGCCCUGCUCUCAAAAAGGAGGGAGGAGUGAAAAAACUUAUUGAGGUGCUGAGAGACUUUGGACGGACAGACUGGGAGCUGGCCAGUUUGGUGUGUCAGAUACUGUGGAAUUACAGUGGCAAAAUCACCAGCUCCAAUGCCUGCUUUGGGGAGCAAGAAGCACAGGACUUACUGGACCUACUCAUUGAAUAUACAGAUCAAGAUUCGGCAUUAGACUCGUCCUUUAAAGAAGAGGAAACAGAUGAGGAAAUGAGGAAGUAUUACUACGAGACGUGGCGGGAAUUUUAUCCUGUAGCCGAGCAGUUGUUACACCGCCUUGAAACACAUCAGUCAGACUUUGAACCACUGGAAAAUCCUGGGACUCCAUGAAUUUCAAGUAGUAAAAUUGUAACAGUGAUCAGAUAGUGAACCCUAGAGUGAGCAUGCUUAGGAUCAGGCUCAGGAGCCUCAGUUUGACCAGCUUUGUGUUCUAGCUUUGUGAUGAUAGCCAAUCCUAGUGCUGUGUGUUAUCUGUCUAGUCUCAGCUUAGUGGUUACAAACAUGGCAGGAAAUUGUUCCUGUGAGAUCUGAUAACAGUGACAAACAUGCUGGGAAAUUGUUCCUGUGAGAUCUGAUAACAGUGACAAACAUGCUGGGAAGUUGUUUCUGUGAGAUCUGAUAACAGUGACAAAAAUGCUGGGAAGUUGUUCCUGUGAGAGCUGAUAACAGUGACAAACAUGCUGAGAAGUUGUUUCUGUGAGAUCUGAUAACAGUGACAAACAUGCUGGGAAGUUGUUUCUGUGAGAUCUGAUAACAGUGACAAACAUGCUGAGAAGUUGUUUCUGUGAGAUCUGAUAACAGUGACAAACAUGCUGAGAAGUUGUUCCUGUGAGAUCUGACAAACAUGCUGGGAAGUUGUUCCUGUGAGAUCUGAUAACAGUGACAAACAUGCUGGGAAGUUGUUCCUGUGAGAUCUGAUAACAGUGACAAACAUCACUAGUACCUAAACACUGGUAAGGGGCAUUAUGGCUGGAAUGGAGAAGCUGAAGUAUUGUGAAGCCAUGUUGUAUUCUGUGAUGGACUGCAUCAUUGUAGCAAACACUUCAGAGAGGGAUAGUUUUACUGUUAACAUCAGUGAUGAACAUGUUAGAACCAAUGGCGGAAAAAUCAUGUUGAUGUCAUUCCAACAAAUUUUAUCUGUGAUAAGUUGGCGUGAGAUUCACCGUGAGCAAUUUCUGAAAUUCUCUUUUCAGUAAAUACUGAAAACAUUUCAUGUCAAUUUCUGAUUAUAUAUUGAGAAUUUUUUUAUACAUCGUGAAAUCAACUCAGAUGUCCCACCAAGAAAUCCAUGUCAUCAUAAUAUACCAACUGUAGUGCAGAACUGGGAUAUUAAUUAUUAAGCUUGUCAAGAAAUCUCAGGUUUGCUGUUUUGUGGUGUAGUUUUAUAUUGCUCCGUCCAUAUUAGUGAUUUGUCUCAAAGACACCAUAUGUUUUAUAUUUUUAAUUGUAUAAUCUCAACUACAUGUGGAAUAGAUGAUCCUCCUCUUCUCUGCAUGUAGUCCAUCAUGUUCAAGAGUGACUGAAUAUAUUCAACUCAGGAUAAGCUGUUCCCCUCCCCUAUAGAUUAUCAGACUGUGAGGUGACUACUACACUUCAGGAUAAACUGUUCCCCUCCCCUAUAGAUUAUCUCACUGUGUGGUGACUACUACACUUCAGGAUAAACUGUUCCCCUCCCCUAUAGAUUAUCUCACUGUGUGGUGACCAGUACACUUCAGGAUAAACUGUUCCCCUCCCCUAUAGAUUAUCUCACUGUGUGGUGACCAGUACACUUCAGGAUAAACUGUUCCCCUCCCCUAUAGAUUAUCUCACUGUGUGGUGACCACUACACUUCAGGAUAAACUGUUCCCCUCCCCUAUAGAUUAUCUAACUGUGAGGUGACCAGUACACUUCAGGAUAAGCUGUUCCCCUCCCCUAUAGAUUAUCACACUGUGAGGUGACUACUACACUUCAGGAUAAGCUGUUCCCCUCCCCUAUAGAUUAUCUCACUGUGUGGUGACCACUACACAUCAGGAUAAACUGUUCCCCUCCCCUAUAGAUUAUCACAAUGUGAGGUGACUACUACACUUCAGGAUAAACUGUUCCCCUCCCCUAUAGAUUAUCUCACUGUGAGGUGACCAGUACACUUCAGGAUAAACUGUUCCCCUCCCCUAUAGAUUAUCUCACUGUGAAGUGACUACUACACUUCAGGAUAAGCUGUUCCCCUCCCCUAUAGAUUAUCUCACUGUGAGGUGACUACUACACUUCAGGAUAAGCUGUUCCCCUCCCCUAUAGAUUAUCUCACUGUGUGGUGACCAGUACACUUCAGGAUAAACUGUUCCCCUCCCCUAUAGAUUAUCUCACUGUGUGGUGACUACUACACUUCAGGAUAAACUGUUCCCCUCCCCUAUAGAUUAUCUCACUGUGUGGUGACUACUACACUUCAGGAUAAGCUGUUCCCCUCCCCUAUAGAUUAUCUCACUGUGAAGUGACUACUACACUUCAGGAUAAACUGUUCCCUUCCCCUAUAGAUUAUCUAACUGUGAGGUGACUACUACACUUCAGGAUAAGCUGUUCCCCUCCUUUAUAGAUUAUCUCACAGUGAGGUGACCAGUACACUUCAGGAUAAACUGUUCCCUUCCCCUAUAGAUUAUCUAACUGUGAAGUGACUACUACACUUCAGGAUAAACUGUUCCCCUCCCCUAUAGAUUAUCUAACUGUGAGGUGACCAGUACACUUCAGGAUAAACUGUUCCCCUCCCCUAUAGAUUAUCUAACUGUGAGGUGACUACUACACUUCAGGAUAAACUGUUCCCUUCCCCUAUAGAUUAUCUGACUGUGAGGUGACUACUACACUUCAGGAUAAACUGUUCCCCUCCCCUAUAGAUUAUCUGACUGUGAGGUGACUACUACACUUCAGGAUAAACUGUUCCCCUCCCCUAUAGAUUAUCUGACUGUGAGGUGACUACUACACUUCAGGAUAAACUGGAGAGAAUAAAGAAAGCAUAAAUACACAUUAAAUAGUUGAGGUGUGUGUUGGAGUAAGUGAAGAGGAGAGUAUGUAUGGUGUAAGUGAAUAAUGGGAGAUACAAAUUACAUAUGUAGAUAUGAUGUGUGAGUGGAGGAUACAUGCUGAUGUGUGUGAUAUAAUUAUGUUACAUGUGUAUGAUUUGUUAGGUGGUAUAUCUAUAUAGUAUUAUUUAUAAAUGAUUCUUCCAUUGUCAUACUCACAGAUGUCAAUUGUACAUAAACAGCUAUUUAUUUGUAGGUUGUGAUGAUUCUGGUGAGAUCCUCAUCAAACACAGUGUGUACUGCACCCAUUCCAUAAUCACCGUGUUAUUGCCUUUUUUUUUUGUCCCAGGCCUUUCCUAGUGCCCAUUUACAAUAAAUGAAUAUUCUCCUAUCCCACCCACAAUUUAUCAGUAUAUAUAAUGCCCUUUGGCAUAUAGUGCACAUUAGCAACUCAAUGAUAUUCUAAGAAUCCUCAAACAGCCCAAGUUUCCACCUAAGAAAGUGACAACGUUAAUCCCAGCUGGAUGUUGUAGCUGUCCAACACUACAAUUUGUCAUAUUGUAUUGUCAGGGUCAGGAAUGAAUAUUAAUGUAAUACGAAGUGGUCAAUAUAAAUAUGUAUUAGAAUCCUAGAAGAAAUCAUUCUGUAAUUCUGUGAUGUUUUCCUGUAGAAAUAUUGGGACAUUUGACAAGACAAUCUUCAAGCGUCAUUAAACAUAUACCCCAUAAUACUACUCUCCCAAGGAUACUGAAUACCUGUCAACACUCAGUUCUUAAGUCCUAUAUUUCACCAAGAUAUGAAUAAAGAUGAGGUUGGACAUCUGGUCAAGUUUCAUUCCUUUGUUGUUGGAAGUUUGUUGAAUCCGUCCAGUAUUAUUUACAUGUGUGACCAUAGUGUGAUCAGCUGUCCUAUUUAUUGAUCUUAUGUGUGUCCAUGGGUCCAAACAUACAUCUGAGGGUACUGUAGUUUUAUAAAGCCUAUUUUACUAAUUGAUAACCCAUCUUGUUUCAAUGAUUUUAUAGGAAUAAUCCUAUAUAUAUUUGCUAUAUAGCUUUAAAUUGCAGCACACCUUACAAUGGUAGAAUUUGUUGCGGUCUGAAUUUGAAAUCAAAUAGAGAAUUUGAAACAGAUUUAAUCAAUUUUAGAUACUGAAUCGUAAUUUCUGCUGAUAAAUGAUAAUAUGGUUCAUCUGCACAGUUGAGGAAAAUUAAAUAAAUUGAUGUUGAUAGUUACCUGCUUAUAGAUACAAGUUUGCUGUGAAGUUGACUGAUCAGUAUGACCCAGUUGGCGAUGCACAUUUAUCAUGUUUUGAAGUGUGUUUCUUGUUAAUGAAUGUAUACUGCUAUAUUUAAUGAUGUUUUGUUAGGAUUGCUGUUUUCCUAUGUUUAAAAGUUGUCUUAUAAAUAAAAAUAACAAUGAUUCAUAAA